GAGCUACAGUUAUGUAUGACAGACCAGCUCAUAUUUUCAAGGAGACAGCAUUGAACGAUCGCCAUAAACUGUUCACUAGAUUAGCCGAAGAAUAUGAUGUGUUUAGACCAAAGAGUGGCACAGUGAGUUCAGAUGAGACAGCUUUCACAGUAACCAAUGGCAACGGAGAUGCAUAUUAUUUACAGAGUCGUCCAGCAAUGGUCAUCAGUAGCACAAGUUGGACAGAGGAUGAAGAUUUUGGGGUUUUAUUAGCUGCACUGGAAGCAUAUGAGAAGCAAGUAUCAACAAAAUCUGCAGAUUUACCAAAUAUAGUCUGCAUUAUUACAGGUAAAGGGCCUUUAAAGGAAUUUUACAGAGAAAAGAUAGAAUCACAACACUGGAAUCAUGUAUCAUUUUGUUUACCUUGGCUUACACCAGAGGAUUAUCCCCUCUUAUUAGGGAGUGCAGAUCUUGGUAUAUGUCUACAUAAGUCAUCCAGUGGCCUUGACCUUCCUAUGAAAGUUGUUGAUAUGUUUGGUUGUUGUCUGCCUGUUUGUGCUAUACAUUUUAACUGUAUAAAUGAGUUAGUGAAACAUGAAGAGAAUGGUCUAAUAUUCAAGGACAGUAAAGAAUUAUUUAAUAAUAUACAAACAUUACUCAAAGGAUUUCCAAACAACAGCAAAAAACUUGACCAAUUUAGGAAAAAUUUGACUGGUUUUCAAUCUUCAAGAUGGCAUGAGUGCUGGACUAAAACUGUUUUACCAAUUUUUGAGGACCAUUCUGGAAAUGCAGCAGACGACAAGAAAUCUCAGUGAUAUUUUUUGUGACAAAAAAUUAGUGUUGAUCUGUGUUUUCUGGAGUAUUUAUUUUUUUCUGCAUUAUUUAAGCUGUACACAAGCCUUGAUUAGUAUAUGAAUGUGAAAAAAAAAAAUUAAGGUAGUCUCACUGCAAUGCUUUCCCGCCAAAAAUGUUCUAACAUCGGCCAAUAUCGUAAUAAAUAAGUCAUUUCCGGAACAUUAUUUUUGUCAAUCUUCGAUAUUCAAUAAUUUUAACCACUUAUAACCAGAAUUUAGUACAUAGCAAUAAAGGAUAAGUGAUUGUGAAUAAUUUAAUGCCCAUGAUUUUGAAAAAAUAACGUCCCGGAAAUAACCAAUUUGCUACAAUACUGGCCAAUUUUAGAAUUUUAUGGUGGGAAAGCAUCACAUUUUAGAUUACCUUAAACUUAGCAAAGUUUAUUACUUUAAGAACAGUUUUAAUCAUACAUAAUAUAAGUUUCAAAAUUUGCAUUAUUUAUGCAUAUACUGUAUAAGUGAAUAUUUCCUUGUGUCGAAAAGUUAUCAAAUUUAAAAUUUCCGGACAUUUUGGGUGAGGAAAUAUAAACGAAUCAUGCAAGGGUAGAAUGUAAUGACAAGUUGGUUGAUAUUUAUGCUAGAGAAAAUUUUAGCAAUUUUCGUAAGUUUGCGAAAUUCGCCAAUAUUUCCCAAUCGUUAACAUAACUGUGACUUAUACAGUUUAUAUACUUUAUGGUACUAGGGGUUCGAGAGAUGUAGCACUUUUACAUUAAAUCUCAUGAACAGAUUCCAUUAAAGUCUUCAUAUUUUCAUAUAAUAUUGUUGUUUUCAUUGCCUUUAAGGGAUCCUCAUUUCUUCAGACUUUUUUAAACAUAUGUAUCAUCAUAUUUCUAAGCUGUUACUUACUAGACCCAGGUGCCCUUCGUGCCUGAAAAAAUGCACGGAAGGGCACCUGAGGUCUUCCUCCACCAGUAAAGCUGGAAUGUCGCGAUAUGACCUAUACAGUGUUGAUGUGACGUAAAACUCAAUCAAACAAACAAACUUACUAGUUAAUAGAUAUUUCUUUAAGUUUGACACAAAAUAAAUACAGGUACUAAUAUUAUAGCCAGAGCUUAAGCUUAGCUUAAGUCAUUUUAUUUGUUCUCAAGACCUAGGAUAUUUUUGUACAUUUUCAUGAAAUCAUUGCAUGAAUCUGGAAGGAUCCUGUUUCAAGCGGCUGCAAAGUCUUUCAUUAGGCUAAAACUUCAUUAUAUCUAGGACAAGCAUUGCUACAUGACAGCAGUCCUUCUUUCACAAUUGCUAGGAACUUUUUGCAAUAUUUUAAUGAAAUUUCAUGCAACUGCAGAAUCUGAUAUUCCAUUAUUCAAAGCUUAGUGCGUUUCCUUAACAUACCUUCAAAGACAGUAUAUUAAAAGUAAAGUCACUUCAUACUUCUUUUGUAAAAUUUGAUAGACUAAGUUCUUUUAUGUUGUGGAAAAAACAACAAGAAAAAGCUAUGUUUCUCAGAAGAAAUAAAACACAAACAAAUUUGAAUAAUGGAUUCAAAAGUCACCCAUUUAUCUUAAUAUUGUUAGAUGAACCCUCUAGUCAAGAUUUUUAUAUUAAUUAUGUUUUUCUAUCAAGCCUAAUGUUUCUUUUUGUUUU